CGGAGUUUGCAUCAACAAGAAAUAGAUUUCUUAAGUCCGAAAAGAUUCUUGUCUUUCGUACUAUUUCAUAUAAGAUCUACAAGGAUUUGAUUGGCAUCAUCGCAUCGACUGAAAGGGCACGACGUACGUAGAGUGCGGCGAUCAAAGCCUAAACCUUAUAGAUACUACGAAGAAGUCAUUAUCAGCUUGUUGCCCGCGUCAAAAGCCGGUGUCAAAAGCCAGUGUCAAAUACCAUCAUUACAGUCCUCCGAAAUACCGACCUCUUGCGACACAAAGACCUACUCGUCCCAUCUCAACACACUUAACCUUGCCACUUACACCAAUAUCUAGUCGCCAGGAAGUUAAGUGGGUGGGGCAAUCAACUACCCAAGUCAAAGUUAACGUGCGCUGCAACAAUCGCAUAUUGAUCGCAUGUCAAUUGAUCUUCCGAGUGGCGUGAAAAACAUUCUUCAAGACUAUUUUUCAAACAUUCAUCAUGCAAACGAAUGGAAUUUCAGGCAACAUGGAGCCUGAUUCCAAACAACAAGUCGACUUUUACAAUAGUCUCAGUCUCGACAAUGCACCUCCAAACCACAAUCUUCAAGCGGCUGCACUUAGGAACAAUAGUACUUCGGAGGAAGAAUCUAGAAAGACAGAAGUUCCACAGAAAGCUCCAAAGAAAAGGAAGAGAGUAGUCAUCUCAUGUACCGAGUGUCAUAGGCGUAAACAAAAGGUUCUUUUUCCACCCUCAUUAUCUUGCAAAAGAUUAAUAGUCUGAUAUCAAUUCUAGUGCGACCGUCAAUUUCCAUGUUCGAAUUGUGUCAAUCGCAAUAAACAAGAUGUUUGUCAGUAUGAGAAUGAAUCCGCCAGGAAACAACAACUACUGGAUGACCUAAGGUCGUCAGAUAAUGGAGAAUAUGGAAAAGGCGCACAGCCCGAAUCGGAUUCUGUGGCAAAGGUUAGUGCGUUAGGAUAUGCAAAGUCAAAUGGAAGCCAUUCAAACACCACACUGGGGAUUUUCAAGAAGAUAGAGGCCGAGGUUAACGAUGGAGCCGCUGUGACGACUCAUUGCGUAGCAACAGCAGAGAAUACUGGUCUUCGGGAAAAGUACAAGAGCUUAAUACGACAAUUACCGUCUCGGCCCUACAUUGAUAUGCUUCUAGAGACAUUUUUCCGGGAGGUCAAUUUUCAGUACUAUGCUUUAGACGAGGGAACGUUCCGAGAUCACCUCAGAAAUUGGAACAAUUUAUCUUUUGCCACUUUGAAUAAAGGACCACAGGAGCUACCCGCAGAUUUACAAUUCUUUCCCGCUCUUUUAUUCCAAUGUUUUGCUAUGGCCUUGCUAUUUCAACCACCAGAACACGACUCAAGUCUGGAAUCACUCAAGUAUGCAGCAGGAAUGUCCUUUGAUGAUCUCGCAGCCGAUUAUAGCGACUCAGGAGUAAGCAUCUUGACAUUACUAGGGAAACGCAAUACCACUCUUGUGACUGUUCAAGCUGGAUUCGUCAGAGCAUCAUAUUUGAAGUAUAGUGGUAUGGUUCCUGAAAGCUGGCACUCUUUAUCCCAAACCAUCAAAGAUGCUCAAGAGAUUGAAUUACAUAAGGAUAAUUACCAACUACAAUGUAACAAGCCUGAAGAUGGAUACGAGCAUCUAUGGCAUCAACAACUUCGAAGGAGAACUUGGCUUGUCCUUGCUCUUUGGGAUGUACAUAUGGCAUUGGUUCUCGGCCGACCAACAACCAUUGAUAUGCGUGAUCCAAGACCACCUUUUCCUAUCGAUGCUCCCAUACCUGCUACCCUUGAAGAUAGACGCAAGACCCCUCCUAAAGAGCGUUCACCUACAGAUAUGCCAACACCUCUGACGAUGCUUUUGUGGUAUGUCGAAGUCAUGGCACCUCUUUGGGAUAUCUAUUACCUUGAAAAGGAUGGACCUCAGGCCAGUGACGCACUCAAGGUUCAGAAGAUGCACCUCAAUAUCAAGCAAAUUCAUGAGCUAUGCCCACCUUAUUUCAGAGCCGAAAAUCCUGACACAACUUGGGAUUCCCAUCCUGAUUGUUAUUGGCUUCCUCCUUGUAGAUUAAUCUUUCAAAAUGGUGGUGCAUUUACAACAAUGGCUCUUCAUAGACCAUAUAUUUGUAUCUCGGUUUCGAGUCGACGUUCUGCUCUUGAAGCUGGUUUGGAAAUUCUGCGUGUACAGCGUGAGUAUUUCAGUUUAUUGCAGACGAAACAUUACAAAAUGUUCAACCUUGUCCUCAAUACUUUUGACGCCAUCAUCCUUUCAGCAGCCAUUUAUAUCCUACAUCCAUUCGAAAAUAGGGAUCUGCUUGACAACACCCUACAACAUUAUGAUUGGGCCAUGGAAAGGUUUCAUACUAUGAUUGGUCGCAAUGCGAUUGCAAACACAGCGGCUGGUGUGCUCAAAGCAAUAAACAUUCGUUUGAAGAAAGCAUUGGGAACAACUAAACCUCAACCAUCAACUCCAUCGGAUAUUGGAUCUAACCCACCAUCAACAGUCGGCAGCUCACAAAUGGCAAGAUCUGGUACUUCUACAUCCGCAUCACAAUCUUACAAUUCCCCUGCAUCAUCCACCGACCCCUCCAUAUCCUCUACAAAUUCUAUCAAUGGAAGUCAUUACAACCUUCCGACAAUACAAAACUUGACUUCACCAAAUUCAAAUUCUACAGCUGCUUGGGAAUUCACUGGAGCUAAUAAUUUGAUGCCUCACAAUUUUGAUCUAUCAUCGAUUGCACCUUUACAACCAAUGCAUGAUCUGAUAUUUAAUGACUUAAGCACGAACCUUGGCACCAAUUUUGAUUUACCAUAUCAAGGAUUUCCGGAAGCAAAUCUGUAUGCGCAACCUGAACCUUGGCAAUUUGGAGGAGAUUUGGGACAAGAUAGUUUCUGGGCCGUUAUGAAUAAUUAUAAUCCUUGAGGAAAGUUUUAGGUGAUAGGGUUGAACAGGAUAUGAUUGGGUAUGGUAGGGUAGGGUAGAGGUAGAUGGUGCAGGUAUAUACGGAUACGGAUUAGGUGAAUACAUAAUGUAUCAUACGGAGUUAAUUGUUUCAUGACAUGACUGUUCAUUAAUACAAGCCUUUUUACUUUUUUUUCCGCGGCUCAUCAGCUGUUCUUGUGCUUUAUUGAAAUUAUUAUAAUUAUUAUAUUAAAUACAUCAAAUAGAUUAAUAAAGACUUAAUUUUUCUUUAUAAUUUUUUCAACUUUGAUUAAUAUAAUAAAGAUUUAAAAUAUUUGAAAUAAAU